GGUAGCUGCGAUUGGCAAUGUUGGUAUCUUUCUUUUGCGGUCUGGCAACGAAGUGGGAGCAUCGGAGUUUGCGGCACCAUUGUUUAAUAAAUCUAUUUCGAUUGUGUUGUAGUUCAUAAUAAAACUCGAAAUCAAGACCACCGGAACUAUUCGUUAUAGAAUUCAAACUUCGUUUAACAAGCAAAAUGUCAGAUCCUGCAUCUGAUGCCGCUGAAGAUUCACAAGUUCAAGGGAGUACCCCAUCUUAUCCUCGCGGCGGCCGGGGUGGUGGACCCAUGGGACGUGGCGGUUUCAUUAGAGGACGGGGGGGUCCACGUGGCGGGCCCGGUUGGGGCAAUCCAAUGAUGAGAGGACGUGGAGGACCUCGGGGAGCACCAGGCGGAAGGGGUCGAUAUCAAGGAGGGCCGGGUGGCCCACCUGGAGGACCAGACGGAGGUUCACGUGACUUUGGCGGACCCCGCGGGGGAGGAAUGAGAGGACGUGGACGCGGAGGUCCAAGGGGUGACUUUAGGGGAGGUUCAGGAGGUUUCAGAGGAGGACCUGGUGGUGGCUUUAGAGGAAGUCGAGGUGGAGGUGGAAUGGACAGGUUUGGUGGUGGAGAUCGAGGAGGACGUGGCGGACCGGGUGGUAGAGGAGGACCUGGAGGUCGAGGUGGUGAGAGAGGCUUUGGUCGCGGGCGUGGAGGCCCCAGAGGACCUAGUGAUUUCGGCGGACCACAAAAAAGAUCUCAUCCUGGGCAGUAUGGAGAUGGUCAGAAUGAUGGUCCAAAGAGACAGAGGUAUGAUGGCAAUGGACAAGGCCAGAAUGGAUUCGGAGGUGGAGGCGGUUACCAACAGUCAUCAUACAGCUCUCAUUAUAAUCAGCCUCAGUCAUAUGGAUCUCAAGGUCAAGGCUACGGCUCUGGUGGUUCGUACAAUUCAUCUGGUGGGCAGUAUGAAUCGAAUAGCUAUUCAACAUCUUAUCCCCAAGGUGGUAGCUCUUCCGGAUACAAUUCCAGUUACUCAGGUGGUGGUGGAGGAUAUGCUUCACAGGGACAAGACAGCUAUGGAGGUGGUGGAGGCUACAGCAGUCAGCAGGGAUACGGUGGUGGAUAUGCCUAAGGGGAUAAACAGACACCAUUGAAGAAUUGUGUUAUUAAAUCGACAUAAUAAUGUGUGCGUGAAAAAAAAACUAGGUAGAAUUUUUUCCACCUCAAUAAUAUUAAGAAGAAAGUAAUCUUUAUAAUCCUAAGAAGUUAGAACCUAGAUAAAAAUAGUAAAAAUAGUAACUGUGUAUUCCGCUAUAUGUAUUGUGAACAAAAAUUUGUGGAAGUUGUAUUGCUACAUUUUAAAGCUACAUCAUAUUUGAAAACUUGAUAUGAAAUUUUAAUAAAAUGGAAAAAGGCAAUAUGUAUUUUAUUUUAUUGGUAGUAAUUGCGUUGCAAAUUGAAAACUAUGCAAAAUGUACUGUUUGGCAGCGCAAAAGCGCUUUCACCCUUUAAAAUGUCGAUUAUGCUAUGUACAAAAAUGAUCUAUAUAUUUACUUGCAAUUUCAAUCAAGUGACUGCACAUUUUGCAUUCCUGAUGCCUAAUAUAUUACAAAUAACAGUUGCAGAAGAUGGCUGGAAUGUGGUAAAUAAAAUUAACUAAAAAAACUAAGGAACAGAUUUUUUUUAAUGAGCAAGGUAAGUAAGCAAAACUUACAAAAGUAUGUGGUAAUAAAUUAAUUAAAAACAAACAAAAUGUUUGUUGAAAGAAUUUAAUUUCUAAACUGUAAGUGGGAGAUAAAUGCUGUACCUAAGCCCUUCAGUAUUUGUGCUGUUAAACCAAAUAAUAUAAUAUAAUAUGCUUCAUUCAUGAUGUUUACUUUUUCAGCAGUUAUGAUGUAACAGGGGAAAAAUCCACUGGAAGUUUUGCCACUGAAACUGAUAACUAGUUUCAUGUUUUCAGCACAUUAAACUGGAGCUGAAAUAGUUUGUCAAAAAUGUUCCACAACCUGGAAUUUUUGGAGUAGUCCCCCCUAUGCACUCAAUGGUGUGCUUUUUUUUAAAGAUUCAGGUUGUUUAAUUUUAUAAAAUUAUUUUCGCAUGUACCAGCCCUGUCUUUAUCAAUCAUAAUUUUGUUAGUUUGGUAUUUAAAUUAAAAAAAAAAGCUAAGUGUACAAUUUUUAGUGCGCGCAGUAACUUCAAUGUUAUUAACAUAGUUUUUUUCUAUUAUUCACUUGAUUUUGAAACUUGUCUGGGUGGUGAUAGGAAAAAAGUCAAAAUGCCCUCUCCAGCUGAGGGCCAUAGAAGGCUCAGGAGGUAGUAUUAUGUAAUGUUAUUAAAAAAUCAAAAAUUGUCUUACUCAAUUUUUUUUAUGUUGAAAUAGAUCAUAAUAACAAAAGUAACAAUUUUUAAAUAACACAAUCAAUGAGUUAUGAUUAGGUUAGUCCUAUUUUUCCUGAAGUCACCCAUUGCAGCCUUUUCAAUUACCUGCGUAUGCCAAGAUGAGACAAAGAGGAAUGUCAGAGUGAAAAAUAUCAAAGUGGGAAUAAAUUGAAUUUACAAAAAUUAGAUAAUAGAUGUGUGACCAUCAGGUGAUGAUGAAUAAAUCUAACUAAUCCUUAGUAAUAAAAUACAUCUUAAGUUGUCCUGAUAUACAAGGCUAGAAUAUAAUCUUAUAAACAUAUAUAAACAAACUAUUGGAAACAAUCAAGUUUUGAUUGAGAAGUAGAAGGGUGGACGAAAUUAGUGUUACUUAAUUCUUUGUAUAAAACUUGAUUUAUUGUCAUGACAAAAUUGGAGUUCAGUGUCUAGUUAAGCUAUACUUUACUUCUAUAUUUGAUUAGCAAUUGGUAUUGGUAUGGUAUGGUAUGUUAACAGUCUAAAGAAGAUUGUCUAGGUCGGCAUUGAGCUAGAUAUCGCCACUUUGAAUUUAUACAUUGUUAGAUUAUGGUGAUUGAAAUAAAUAUACUGUUGCUGUUUAUGUUUCAUUAUUUUUAUUUUGCCACAAAAUUUUCACAGGUAGAUAAACUGCAGAAUACAAAGGUAAAUUGCAAAAACAUGACGUAAAGGCGUACUUUCGAUUGAAUUAUUUCGAUUGGCAUUUAAAAAAGGAUAUAAGUUGUAGUAGCAUAAUAAUGCAAAUAGAUAAAAUUAAUUUCAAUUUUGACGAAAUUAAUGUUAAUGUUCAAAUAAUGAAACAAUGAAGAUUUGAGUUAGGCCAAAAUAUUGCACGAUAACGAUUUGGGAGACAUAAUAUUUGUAACCUAUAAGAAUGACAAGGUCCAUACAAAUUAUUAUAUAAUCCUCUCUAGUGAAAUGGAUUUGUCUUAAAAUCACUGCAUAUGAUCAUGCUUGCAAAGAAGAUACUUUAUCAAAUAGAAUGUAAGUAUAUACCACACAAUUAGUAUUCACAACAGAAUCUUUUUCCUGCCACAUUUUCUGACAUGAAGUUUUUCAGCCUAAAUUUGAUACAUUUUCCCUUUGUAAAAAGUCUGUAGCGUUUUGGUAAACAAAGCUUUAAUUCCAAAGAUCUAUUUUUUAAAUUUGACAAUGAGAGUCUAUACGCUCUAAAUUAACAACAAAUUAAUAAAAUUAGGAUCCUAAAUUUCAACGUGACUGUUAAUAACACAAU